AACUACCAAAAAUACAAUAUUCAGUAGUCCCUAUAAACCACAGAGAGACUCACACGUUAAAAACCUUUCUUUUUCUAAGCUCACUCACUCCAGCUCAUAGUCUCAUCUCCUCUGUUUCCACGGAAAUCCACAUCAUUAGAAGAAGAAAGAAGAAGAAGGGUACUCCUAAUUCAAUUUCAUAAACUAAAUACAGAUAUAUAUGAUCAGAAGAAGCAGCUCCUGCUUCUGGGUUUUGUGAUAAAUCCAUAGUUUCAAAGUGGUGAGCUUCAGAUUUCCAACAUCCCUCAUUUUCGAGCUGUUCCAAUGAUGGUGCUUGGUAUGUGAUCCAAAACCUUUUCUGCAGUCAAAUGACCCUUUUGCCCCUCCCAAUUCACGCCAUGGCCAAAAACCCGCCUCUCUUUUCCCUCCAAAUCCUAACUACUUUAACGGUUUUCUUUUCCCUUUUUCACCCUUCAAUACCCCUGAAGGCUGAAACUGAAGCCCUUCUUGAUUUCAAAAACCAGCUAGAAGACCCCUUGAAUUACUUGGAUUCCUGGGGAAAAGAUUCAGAUUCUCCGUGUGGCUUUUUCGGAGUUUCUUGCGAUCCAAACACGGGUCUAGUCACUGAAAUUUCCCUGGACAACAAGUCCCUCUCCGGUUCAUUAUCUCCCUCCAUUUCCAUGCUCCAAAGCCUCCAAUCUCUUGUGCUACCUUCGAAUUCGAUUUCCGGGGAAAUCCCGUGGGAAUUGAGCAACUGCACCAAUCUUAGAGUUUUGAAUCUCACCGGGAACAAUAUGAAUGGUUUCCUGCCUGAUUUAUCUGGUCUGAGAAACUUGGAGAUUCUUGAUAUUUCGGUAAACUACUUUUCCGGUGGAUUCCCAAAUUGGGUGGUGAAUUUAACUCAGUUGGUUUCUUUAGGCCUUGGGGAUAAUGACUAUGAUGAGGGUGAAAUUCCCAGGAGUCUUGGAAAUUUGAAGAACUUAACUUGGCUUUUCCUCGCCGGUUCGAAUUUGAGAGGCGAAAUCCCUGAAUCUAUUUUUGAGCUGAGCGCAUUGGGGACUUUGGAUAUUUCUACGAACAAUAUUUCUGGUAAUUUCCCAAAAUCGAUAGCCAAACUACGUAACCUAUGGAAAAUUGAGCUGUUUCAAAAUAAUUUGACGGGAGAACUCCCGGUUGAGGUAGCAGACCUAUCCCUUUUGCAAGAAAUCGAUAUUUCUGUGAAUCAGAUGUUCGGAAAAUUACCACAAGAGAUCGGAAAUCUGAAGCUUUUGACAGUCUUUCAACUGUACGAGAAUGACUUCUCUGGCGAACUCCCUAUGGGAUUUGGAGAUUUGCGCCAUCUCAAAUCGUUUUCGAUCUACAGAAACAGGUUCACAGGACAGUUUCCUGAGAAUCUCGGUCGGUUCUCUCCUUUAAAUACUAUAGACAUAUCAGAGAAUCAAUUUUCCGGGGGCUUUCCAAAAUUCUUGUGCGAAACUGGGAAUUUGCAGUUUUUGCUUGCAUUAGAAAACAAAUUUUCUGGGGAGUUGGCAGAUAAUUAUGGUAGGUGCAAAUCUUUGGAGAGGUUGAGGAUUAAUCAGAACAACCUUUCUGGGGAAAUCCCAGAUGGGUUAUGGGCACUUCCUAGUGCAAAAAUGAUAGAUUUCAGCGAUAAUGGAUUCACUGGUGGGAUUUCUCCCAAUAUUGGGAUUUCCACUAGCUUGAAUGAGUUGGUUUUGACUAACAAUAGGUUUUCAGGUGAGCUUCCAGCGGAACUUGGCAAAUUGACACAAUUGGAAAGGCUGCAGUUAAAUAACAAUGAGUUCUCUGGAGAAAUACCAGCAGAAAUUGGCUCUCUGAAGCAGUUAUCAUCUUUGCAUUUGGAAGAGAAUUCAUUUGCUGGACAAAUCCCAGCAGAAUUGAGGCAAUGUGCUAGACUUGUGGACUUAAACCUUGCUGUUAAUUCUCUAAGUGGUAUUAUACCCAAUGCAAUAUCACAGAUCAACUCGCUGAAUUCUCUGAAUCUUUCUAGAAACGAACUUAAAGGUUCAAUUCCGGAAAAUUUACAGAUGUUGAAGUUGAGUUCGAUUGACUUGUCGAAAAAUCAGUUGACAGGAAAAAUUCCAGUCUUUCUUCUCUCCAUGGGAGGCGACCAAGCAUUUGUUGGAAACAAGGGGCUAUGUAUUGAUGGAAGUUCUGAAACUGAUCCUAGUUCGGGGUUGGCUGUUUGUAGUGGUAAUAGUCUACACAAAAGAUUCAUUGGGAAUAAACGGGUUAUUUUCUGCAUUAUAUUGGCCACCUUAGUUGUUAUUUUGGGCGGUUUAUUGCUAGUGAAUUACUGGAACUUCAAGCACAGUGAAGCGAAUGACAUGGAAAAUGAUCUAAGAUGGGAUAAGGAAACGAAUCCCAAGUGGAAUCUUGAGUCUUUCCAUCCGGUGGAAUUGGAUGCGGAAGAGAUAUGCAAUUUGGAUGAGGAAAACUUGAUUGGAAGUGGAGGUACGGGAAAAGUUUACCGAUUAGAUUUGAAGAAAGGAGUUGGCACGGUGGCAGUGAAGAAACUAUGGAAAGGGAAUGCGGUGAAGGUUUCGGCAACAGAAAUGAAUAUUUUGGGAAAGAUAAGGCACAAAAAUGUAUUGAAGCUUUAUGCAUGUUUACUGAAAGGAGGCUCAAGUUUCUUGGUGUUUGAGUAUAUGGAAAAUGGCAAUGUUUUUCAAGCACUUCAUCGAGAAAUCAAGGGUGGGGAAGUGGAGUUGGAUUGGUAUAAACGGUACAGAAUUGCUCUAGGAGCUGCAAAAGGACUUGCGUAUUUGCAUCACGACUGUUCCCUUCCUAUUAUUCACAGGGACAUCAAAUCAACUAAUAUAUUGUUAGAUGAGGAUUACGAACCAAAAAUUGCUGAUUUUGGGGUCGCAAAGAUUGCAGAAGGGUUCUACUCCCAUGGGGGAUCUGAAACCAGCUGUUUUGCCGGUACUCAUGGUUACAUCGCCCCUGAGCUGGCAUAUACUCUGAAUGUCACCGAAAAGAGCGAUGUAUACAGUUUCGGUGUUGUACUACUUGAAUUAGUUACUGGUAGAAGGCCAAUAGAGCAUGAGUACGGAGAAGGAAAGGAUUUGGUUUAUUGGGUUUCAACACAUCUCUAUAAUCUCAAAGAUGUCCUGAAAGUACUUGACAACAAGAUCGUAUCUGACAGUAUCCGAGAUGGCAUGAUAAAGGUAUUGAAGAUCGCGAUUCUUUGCACCACCAAGCUUCCCAAUCUUCGCCCUAGCAUGAAGGACGUGGUUAAGAUGCUGGUUGAUGCCGAGCCUUACCCUUUCAGAUCUCCAAACAAGCACGGAAAGAAAGAACAGGUUCUCGUCUAAAUCCUUUUUGCUUUUCGCUAAUGUUUUUAGUUUUGGAAUUCUGACAUAGAUUCAAAGUCUAUUUUCUUGCAUAUUGGCCGGCCGACUUUGGCAUAGUAUGAAUUCAGUGUAAGCAGUGAAGAAGCUUUUGUUUUGCUAUUGUUAGGUGAAGCUUGGUGUUGUAAAAGUACAUACUGUAAUCUGAUUGGGAGCUUAAAGUUAUUUGUGCAUACUUGCACUUUUAAA